AUGAAGUAUCAAAAUCCCAAUCUAAUAAAAAUUUAGGGAAUUGAUUAGAAAUAAACUCCUGACAAAGAUUGGAUUAUUAAUGUUUUAAAAUAAUUAAAACCAGAUCAUUUUUUCUUUUAAAAAUAUCAAUAAGAUUGUAAAUAUGACAUGAAGACAUUUACUCAAAAAUAGAUUAAGUAAAUUUAUAGCAUAUUGUAUAGAAAAAUAAAGGAACUUGAAUUAUUAAAGGGAAGAAAAACGAACAUGAAAAGGUUCUCUCAAGUAUCAAAAGAAAAUAAACAGAAGCAUAAUAAUAAAAAAAGCAAUUAAGUAAUAAAAUCUGGAAGGAAAUAUGGUGAAAAAGAUAAAGAGCAUAGGUGA